AUGCCAUGGCAGCCCUGUUUCUAUUACUACUACUGUGUUUUCGGAUCCCACCCGGUUUACCUUCUUGACUUCUGCUGCUACAGGCCCCCGGACCACACGAGGGUGACCACGGCCUACUUUGUGGAGCAAGGGCUGCAUUGCACUGAACCCGAGGGGUUCGACUUCCACGUGAAGUCCGGGACGAGGUCCGGGAUCAGCAGUGAGGCGGGCGCCCCCCACGUGAUGCACCAGCUCCUCCCUGACUGCUCCCUGGCAAUACCAACGACUAUGGCUAGGGAUAUUUGGGCGGUCCUAGAGCUUCCGCUGCAACGAGGCACGCAGGUUACUCGUUUAUUACACUUUAUCCUUUUCUGCCCCACCCCCUCCAUCACUUCUAUGGUCAUUAACAGGUUUGGGCUGAGGAGCAAUGUGAAGAGCUUUAGCCUGUGUGGGAUGGGCAUGGAGGCCAUAACCUCAAAUGCCUAUCUAGGGAGUGUGAAGUCCAUGAUUCUCACCAACACAUUGUUCAGAAUGGGAGGGGUGGCAGUUUUGCUGUCAAAUAAAAGACAAGACAAAAAAAGGGCAAAAUAUAGCCUCAAACAUCUUGUGAGAACACACAUGGGAGAAGAUGAUGAUUCAUACCACUCAGUCUUCCAGGAAAAUGAUGAAUCAGGGCACAUGGGAGUCUACCUCUCAAGAAACCUCCUCCAAGUAGCAGGGAAGGCCAUAAGAACCAACAUAUCAACGCUUGCAAUCUCUCUGAUGAGUGUAGUUGUUAGUCAAAGGCAAUAA